AUGAUCAGAACUUACGUCAGAGUCAAUCAGCACGAAGAAGCUCUCAAACUGUACGUUUCAAUGUUGGAAAAGUCUAUUCAGCCGGAUAAGUAUACCUUCACUUUUGUGCUGAAAGCUUGCACUGCUAUGUCUGAUUUUAAACGCAGUAUCUUGAUUCAUGAAGAGGUAGUUCGUAGGAAUCUGGAAAGUGAUGUCUUCAUUGGGACCGGGCUUAUAGAUAUGUAUAGUAAAAUGGGUGAUUUCGAGAGCGCAAGGAUGGUGUUUGAUCAAAUGCCUGACAAGGACAUUGUAGCUUGGAAUGCAAUGAUUUCUGGGCUUGCACAGUGUGCAGAGCCGGUUAAGGCUGUUGACCUUUUCAAGGACAUGCAAUUUAUUUUUCGGAUUAAUCCUAAUUCAGUGACAUUAUUAAAUUUGCUUCCAGCAGUUUGUAAAUUAAUGGAUAUGAGGGCAUGUAGGUGUAUACAUGCUUAUGUAUAUAGGAGAGUGUUUCCAGUUUCGGUUCAUAAUGCUUUGAUUGACACAUACUCAAAAUGUAAUCAUCCCAAUGUUGCUCACCGAAUUUUUCUUGAGUUAACGGGGAAAGAUGAUGUUUCAUGGGGUACAAUGAUGGCAGGUUUUGCAUAUAAUGGGAACUUUCAUGAGGUUUUGGAAAUGUUUGAUUCCAUAAAGAGAACGGGCUUUAAGAUGAGCAAAGUCUCAGCUGUAAGUGCAUUGCUUGGGGCUGGUGAAAUUGGCGAUUUACGGAGAGGGAAAGAAAUUCAUGAAUAUGCAAUUCAAGAAAUGAUUGAUUCCGACAUUAUGGUUGCUACUUCAUUGAUGACAAUGUAUGCAAAGUGUGGAUUGCUAGACAAGGCUAGAGAUCUGUUUUGGGGAAUUAAGGGAAGAGAUUUGGUUGCUUGGUCAGCAGCAAUAGCUGCUUUCUCACAAUCAGGAUAUCCUCAAGAGGCACUCUCUCUGUUUCGAGAUAUGCAGAAUGAGUAUUCACAACCAAAUAAUGUUACUCUGGUGAGCGUUAUCCCAGCCUGUGCAGAGUUAAGGGCAGUGAGAUUAGGAAAGAGUGUCCACUGCCAUGCUGUCAAAGCCAGUAUCGAUUCUGAUAUUUCAACGGGAACUGCCUUGGUUUCCAUGUAUGCUAAGUGCAAUCUAUUCAGUUUUGCGCUUCAUUUGUUCAAUAAGAUGCCACUGGUUGAGGUAGUAACAUGGAAUGCUCUGAUAAAUGGGUAUGCGCAGAUUGGCGACUGUUAUAAUGCAUUAAAGAUGUUUUCUCGAUUAAGGUUAGCUGGAUUACACCCAGACCCAGGGACAAUGGUUGGUGUGCUUCCAGCUUGUGCCCUCCUAGGUGAUGUACGCUUGGGAACAUGCCUUCAUUGUCAAAUUAUCAGAUACGGGUUUGAGUCAGACUGUCAUGUGAAGAAUGCUCUAAUUGACUUGUAUGCCAAAUGUGGAAGUUUGUCUUUGGCUGAAUUCCUGUUCAACAAAAAUGACUUCUCUAAGGAUGAGGUCUCCUGGAACACAAUGAUUGCAGGAUACAUGCACAAUGGACUUGCCAAGAUAGCUCUUUCCGCAUUCCAUUCCAUGAAAUUCGAAUCAUUUCGGCCCAAUGUGGUCACAAUUGUGAGCAUCCUGCCUGCGGUGUCACAUUUGACAUAUUUGAGAGAGGGCAUGACUAUACAUUCCUACAUAAUUAAGAGUGGCUUUCGGUCCCAUAAGCUUGUAGGGAACAGUCUUAUCGAUAUGUAUGCUAAAUGUGGUCAACUUGACCUUUCGGAGCGUAUAUUUGAGGAGAUGAAGAACACUGACACUGUUUCUUGGAAUGCUUUACUUACAGCAUGUUCUAUGCAUGGGGAAGGUGAUCGUGCUCUUUCUGUUUUCUCUCUAAUGGAAAAUAGGGACAUCGAAGUUGAUGCUAUAUCCUUGCUUAGUGUCUUGUCUGCCUGCAGACAUGCAGGCUUGGUUGAAGAAGGAAGGAAAAUAUUUCACUGCAUGCGUGGCAAAUACCAUAUCGAACCAGAUGUGGAACACUAUGCCUGUAUGGUAGAUUUGUUAGGCCGUGCUGGCUUGUUUAAUGAAAUUAUGGAUCUGCUUAAGACAAUGCCUAUGGAACCAGAUGGUGGAGUUUGGGGAGCCUUGUUGGAUGCAUCUAGAAUGCAUUCUAAUAUCGAGUUAGCAGAGGUUGCUUUGAAGCAUCUUGUCAAGCUUGAGCAAGGAAACCCAGCUCAUUAUGUGGUAUUAUCAAGCUUGUAUUCUCAAUCUGGUAGGUGGAAUGAUGCAGGUCAUACUAGAGUAAAGAUGAAUCAAACUGGACUGAGAAAGACUCCAGGCUGUAGUUGGGUUGAGGUGAAGAAGGGGAUAUGA